GGCGCUCUUGUUGUCAUGGCUCCAGCUGCCUCACACACCAACAUGAUCCUCUACACCGCGCUAGUGGCCGCGCUCCUCACAGCUCCGACGGCUACCCUGACAGGAGUGAACGGGUGCUCUCCUGGGUUUGUGGACAUCAACGGUGAGUGCUUCUCCUUCAGACCGGAGGUGUCCUUGGACUGGGAAGACUCUCAGGUCUACUGUACCAACACCAGUUACUCCAUCGGCCUGGCUGAGGUCAAGAACGCCAACACCCACAGGGAAGUCUAUGAGUACAUCAAAACCUAUGGUCUUACUGGUUCCUUCUGGCUGGGGGCGUCAGACCUUGAAUACGACGGUGACUGGGUGUGGCUGGACGGCACCAGGGUCGAGAGAGGCACUCCCUUCUGGUCUCUCCACUACGGGGUCCUUGGCUGGUCCCAGGAACCUACCGGCGGCGCGGAGGAGAACUGCCUGGCGUUGGACAGCGGACGCUUCUUUUACUUCAAUGAUGUCGCCUGUGACAAAAUGAACCACCCUAUCUGCCAGGAGGCAUAGACGAAGAUUUUGUGAUGAGAAGGUGGCGACGGCGCUGCUGGAGUAGCGAUUAUGAAUGAAGUAGAGACCAUCGGGUGACGAAGCUGCUGUAUAAUCUAUUGCAGGUAUACUCGUUGCUACCGCUGAAGGCAGAUCCCCAAAAGUUAUCGUAUUACUGUACUCUAAGCAGUAAUAUUAAAUUUAUUGUAGGAAAUUGAAAAUAAAUUACCGAUGGACCUUCCGUAGUGUUGUAUGAGACGUAACAGUGUAAAAUAAACAAUAAAUAUAAGACAACGAA